UUCUAGUUUUUUAUUGGGCGGAGUGUUUUGUGGUCCCAAAGUUUAUCAAGCACAAGAUGGGGGGUUUGAACCUACAAAUAGAUAUUAUGAGUCCAGUAUACCCGACUAUCGGUCCAAGAUACAUAAUGUUACAAAACCAGAAAGGAAAGAACACAAGGAAUCACGAUUUGGUAUAAUUCCCAUUUCAACAAGUUCAUAUGGAUCAAGUGGUAAUGGUGGGAUUCAAUAUUCAGGAAGUAAUAUUGGUUAUGCCAUAAGUCCAAUGAAAAUUGACAUUGGAGGAGUUGCUUUAGGAGCUAUUCUUGGUCUUGGUUUAGUUUUGAUUAUUCCGAAACUUGCUAACAUUGUGGGAGGAGGAUACGGUGGAUAUAGGAAUUUAGAAAAUGAAAUGUCUUCAUUCACAGAUGUUUUGGCAAGAAUAGAUAAUUCUUUGGAAUCACACAAUAUAGAUAGUACUUCAUGCAUACAGAGAGUUGUUUGCUCCUACAUAAAUAGUGCACAGAAAAAUAUCAAUUCCGGAAAUGCUUCCGGCUUGGAAGAAUUUAUAACAUCAAUUGUAAAUAAUACCUUAUUUUCUUACAUGCUUGAUGGGACGGCAAUAAAAGGAGCUGUAGAACUUGGAAGAAGGGCAGAUGAGGAGAAAUGUUCCAACAGUUUUCCAAAAUGUCCAUUAACAAAAGAUAACGUCCUCAAAGUAUUAGGAAGCUUGCUCCCAGCCUAAUUUUUUGAUCAAGUUAAACUAGAGGUUUACAAUAUAUCUUCGCUAGAAAUAAUUCUUGUGUAUAUAGGAUCAAACGUGUGAAU